CAACCCCAACUGCCGCUGUCAUGGAGGAGAAGGUGCCCACAGUGGAGGCCUAUGAGGCGGCCAUGGUGCUGAGUGGAGUGGGGGAUGCGUUGGGCUACCGAGGGGGCCUCUGGGAGUACUGCACCUCAGGAGCCCAGAUCCACGCCGAGCUGGCUCAGCUUGGGGGGUUGGAAGCCAUCACCCUCCAACCUCCUGAGUGGCCUGUCAGCGACGACACCGUCCUCCACCUCGCAACAGCAGAGGGUCUUUGCACAGGCCUGGAAGGGGAGGCUCUCUUACAGGAACUGGCUCGUCGCUAUGUGUCUGCCAUGGGUGACAUGGAAGGCCGCAAGCCAGGGCCCACCAGCAUCCUGGGCACCUCACAGCUGCGUCCUGGGGAGCCUGAGGGCUACCGCAUCCCCUUCAACCCCAGUGGCACAGGCUGUGGGGCUGCCAUGCGCAGUCUGGCCAUUGGCCUCAGGUAUCCUCACACCUGGGAGCUGCCAACCCUGAUCCGGGUGAGCAUUGAGAGCGGACGCAUGACCCACCACCACCCCACCGGGUACCUUGGGGCACUGACUGUGGCCCUCUUUGGAGCUCUGGGAGCACGGGGGGAGCCCCCAGAGCGUUGGGGAGCUGAGCUGCUGCGGGUGCUGCCCCUUGCAUGGGACUACGUGGAGGGCACAGGAGUGGCUGUGGGGGACAACGCUGCAGCCUGGCCCUUCUUCAGGGAUGCCUGGCACCGGUACCUGGAAUCCCGGGGGCUCCUGGAGGGUUGUGGCCCACCGCAGGUUCCGGUCCUCUCAUCCCCAGCUGAGCGAGAUGCGGCCUACUUGUGCUGGGCCCUGCAGGGGUGGCCGGGCCGCAGUGGCCAUGACGCGCCCAUGGUGGCCCUGGAGGCCCUUCUGGCAGCUGGUGGAUGCUGGAGUGAGCUGUGUGCCAGGGGGGUACUUCAUGGAGGGGACAACGACUCGACGGGGACCAUCGCUGCGGGGUGCUGGGGGCUGCAGGGAGGGCUGGAGCCUGUCCCCCCGGGGCUGCACCGCUGCCUUGAGUACCGUGGGCGGCUGCGCGAUGCUGCCCAUCGCCUCUAUGCGUUGGCCUGGGGUGGUCCCUGA